UGUUUAUAAACGUUUUCCAGCGGCAUUUUACACAAACACUGCGUUAUGGAUGCCAAGAAGAUAUCCUUUGGCUUUAGCAAAGUUGCUAAGAAACCAAACAUUUUGCCCAUCAAAGCUCCAAAAGAAGAAAGCAAAGUGGAGCUCAUAAAAUGCCUCGAAGGCAAAGAAAUCAAACUUGUCGCUGAGAAGCAAGAGAUAGCACCGCUGGUCAUACAGUUGGCAAGUAAUCAGAAGACUUCAACGGCGCUAGCAAGUCUGAUGAAAAGACGCGCUGUAUUGCUUGGUGAAGAUGACCCAGAUCCCGAGGAGAUAACAGCAGAGCCACAAUCUAUAGCUGAAGUCACAUCCAAUAACGACAGCACAAACCUGGAACUGCGUGCCGCACGUGAGCUGCUUGCAGCAGCACAGGAUAACGGCAAUGAAAUUGUAGACGGUGAAAAGCUUGUAUUACCAGCACUUAAAGCUGAUGAACUGCCACUGGAUGGUGCUAAGGAAUCAACCAUAGAUGAUUAUGACUCCAUUCCCAUACAACAAUUCGGUUUAGCAAUGUUGCGCGGUAUGGGCUGGGUAGAUCCGCCGCCCGUGUCGAAGAAGAAGGGCACAGCUCCGGUGGACGAUGCUCCAUUCAUGCGGCCCAAAGGCAUGGGACUGGGUGCUGACAAGGCACUCAAGGCAAAGACCCUACUGGUGCAGCCGGAAAAAAAUGAAGUGUUGGAGAUUAAGAAACAAGCCUACGUACGGAUCUUGGGUGGCAAGCAAAAGGAUCAGUAUGGACAAAUUGAAGGUUUCGACGAUCAUGCUGGCCGUGUGAUUGUCAAAAUGGCCAUCGGUGGCACAAAGGAGGCGUUCAAUGAGUUUCUUUGCCAACCCGUAUCGCGCAAGGAGUAUUCCCAGUAUGGAAAAUGUAUAAAUACGGCCAAGUACGAGCAGUUUAAGAAGCAUGAAAAUGAGCAUGGUCAAAUCAUUAUUAAACGCGAGAAGUCAGAGGAACGAAAAAGCACAAGGACAGAGCGUAGAGAAAGUCAACGGGAGGAUGAACGUAAAUCACACAGAACAAAGGAUGAAGAUCGCAAACCAUAUAAGAACGAGCAGCGCAGCAUUAAGCUUGAGGAACGGCGACCUGAGAGCAGGAGUUAUGCAGAGGAACGCAAUUCUUACAAGCAUGAGGAACGUAAACCGUACAAGACAGAAGAUCGUCGUGACAAUAGCAGCACAAGUCGUUAUCAUGAUCGUAGACAAGAAUCACGCAGCAACAGUUGUACUUCCAAAUCAAGUAGCCGCCGACGACAACAAAGCACCUCUGACGAAGCGGAUGACACGGGUGAAUCAACAGAAAGUGAUUCCGAUUCAGCUUACGAGCGCAAGGAUAAGAAAAAGUCGAAGAACCCCAGCAGAAGCAGCAGUAAAUCGAAGAAAAAGUCGAAGAAAUCAAAAAGUAAAUCUCAUCGCCAUCGUCGGUCAAGCGGCUCUGAAGAUUCCGAUUGUAGUGCGGAUGAACGCUCAAGACGUCGUCACCCAAGCAAGCAUAAAAAGAAAACCAAAAAGAGUAAACACGCGCGCUCUCGCACCCGCUCCAGAUCUCGGGAAGGGCGUGCCAGGUAGAACUAAGAUAAAAAAAAUUAGCAUGCAUCAGUUGUUGAUUCAUUUGAAAACUUUAUUUAAAUAUGUAUGUGUUAUAAGUAGACGCCUAAGCUUGUAUACUUAUGCAGGAUUAUCAUAAAAUUUCAACUAACUCACAAAU